AUGUUGCCUUCAAAUUUGUCUCAGAAAUUAUUAAAAAAUCUUUGGAAUACUAUUGUUUUGAAUAAACAAUUUGUGAGAAAUGGUCAACGUCAACCAAGCAUUCUUGAUGAAUAUGCAAAUAUCUAUCGACCUGAAGUUGAAAGUGACCUUGAAUAUUUGGCUGUGCAAACAAGUAGAAAUAAAUCAUUACAAGUUGAAUAUGAAAAAGAGCAACAGCGUAAACAAAGACAAACAGUUCGAUAUCAUAUCCUCCGGCGUAAAUAUGUCGCACAUCCAAACGACAUUGAAGUUGACCCGUACAUUAAAAAUCAUAUGCAAUUUUUACAUAAAAAUUACCCAAAUCGUUGGGCAGUAGAUCGACUUGCGGAAAGUUUCAAUUAUCCUAUUCACGAUGUUAAAUUAAUUUUACAGCAACGUACAAAACGUCGCAUGCGAGUCAGACCACGUCCACCGUCAUCAGUAUUCGGCAUCAAAGAUGGCGAAGAACGUGAAAAAAUUAUUCGCGAACAUCUAAUCAAACGAGAUUUACGAAAUAAGAAAAAUGAGGCAUUAGAAAAGGCUGAUGGUGAACCCAUUGACUGUCAACUAUUAGCUGAAGAAAGUAAUCUUAUUCCACGACAACGCCCGUCGGAUGCCUACAUGGAAAGAUAUAACGAUGGUUUCUUCUCAAAUAUCAUUUCGUCAUCCGAUGAAGAUCAACAAAAUAAACGUGACAAAUCACUAAACAAUAAACUUCUAACUUCAUCACCAACAUUACUCGAUCGUAUUACUAAACUUCGUCUUAAUGCAAAUGCAACUUAUGACACGUAUUCCAAUGAUCAAAAUUUAGAGCUGUAUAAUAAGCGUAUGGAAAUCAUUGAAAAAAUGCAAAAAUCUAAUGAUGCUAUUGUUGAAAUGAAUGAAAAGAAACAAAAAUUUCUUAAAAAACCACCGAUGAAAAAAAUAAAAUAA